AAAAAAGAUGAAGGCUCACUCAAGGGGUAGCAUGGUAAUUUUGCAAGGACUAGGUUUCCCCGUCACCUUAUAUACUACUCCAUAGCCGCAGCAGCAUAAACCCUAAUCCGAGAGGCGGAGGAUCAUCACCACCCAGCUGCAACCAUGGGUAUCAGCAGAGAUAGUAUGCACAAGAGACGCGCCACUGGAGGCAAGAAGAAGGCCUGGAGGAAGAAGCGAAAGUAUGAGCUCGGAAGACAGCCAGCAAAUACCAAGAUUUCGAGCAACAAGACUGUUAGGAGGGUUAGGGUUCGUGGUGGUAAUGUUAAGUGGCGGGCGUUGAGGUUGGAUACCGGUAACUACUCAUGGGGAAGUGAGGCUGUGACCCGAAAGACCCGUAUUUUGGAUGUGGUUUACAAUGCAUCCAACAAUGAGUUGGUCAGAACCCAAACACUUGUUAAGAGUGCAAUUGUUCAGGUGGAUGCUGCACCUUUUAAGCAAUGGUAUUUGCAACACUAUGGUGUUGAUAUUGGUCGCAAGAAGAAAGCCGCUGCUGCAGUCAAAAAGGACGGAGAGGAAGCAGAAGGCGCAACAGAGGAGGCCAAGAAGAGUAACCAUGUUGUGAGGAAACUGGAAAAACGUCAAGAGGAACGCAAACUCGACCCACAUGUUGAAGAACAGUUUUCUAGUGGUCGUCUUCUUGCUGCCAUCUCAUCUCGCCCUGGGCAGUGUGGUCGUGCUGAUGGAUACAUAUUGGAAGGAAAAGAGCUAGAAUUCUACAUGAAGAAGCUGCAGAAGAAGAAAGGAAAGGGUGCUGCUGCUUAAGAGCAUCUUUCUUUAUUAUAGAUUUGUAUUUCUUAUUUAUUUUUGAGGAAUGGCAUCAUGACUAAGAGCUUUGACGUUUUUUUUGAAUGUUGACUAUAUUUUCGCAUUUAGUGUCAUGACCUUCAAAUGACCCAUGUUUGAUCGAAUUAAAA